GUUACAUCAUCUUCUUGGCUAUUGUCAUGGCCCCGUCUAGAUCCGCGCUCUUUUGUCUGCAGCUCCAGGCAACGCUUGGAUGCCUGGUCAAUCCCAUACUUUUCCAGACUAGUCUGUCGAUCAAGUCGUUUAGAUCCUUGUCACUUCGCAGAAUGAUUCAUUCUCCCUCGUAUGAUUAAAAAUCAACCGUGGGGGACGUCUACUCCGCAUGCAUCUACAGUAGCCUCUAUAAAACUCAUGUCGUGCUCUGAUGGUCGGCCGUUUUGCAGGUCCCAUCACACUAUUUGAAGAUCAUCAGGCCUAAUCACCAUGUUUGCACCGUAUGGAAAGCUUCCACCAGCUGCGAGUAUCUCGCCAGCUCCAUUUACUGUGUCCAUUCCCCAGCAGCAACUUGAAGAGUUGUCUACCCUCGUCAGGCUUUCCAAGACCGCCCCACCGACCUACGAGAAUUCCCAGCCGGAUGGCCGAUUUGGCGUCACGUCCGAGUGGUUGACAACCAUGAGACAAAAGUGGCUGCUCGACUUCGACUGGAGAGCAUUGGAGGCUCGCACCAACAGCUUUCCUCAAUUUACCACGGAAAUCGAAGACAUCAAGCUGCACUUUCUCGCCCUGUUCUCCGAGAAGCCGGAUGCGGUGCCCGUGGUUCUACUUCAUGGAUGGCCUGGGAGCUUCCUCGAGUUUCUUCCGAUGCUGGACCUGUUCCGGGACCAGUACACUCCCCGCACUCUGCCCUACCACUUCAUUGUCCCCUCGCUUCCGGGAUACGCUUUCUCCUCUGGCCCUCCACUUGACAGAAACUACACCAACGAGGAUGUAGCUCGUGUUGUGGAUCGAUUGAUGAAAGGCCUGGGGUUCGAAAGUGGCUAUGUUGCGCAGGGUGGCGAUAUCGGAAGCAUGAUAUCGCGGGUGCUCGCAGUGGACUAUGAUAGCUGCAAGGCUGCUCAUCUGAAUUUCAUGAUGAUACCAGCUGCUCCCCCGGGAAUCUCUGACGCAAACCUCAGUGACAAUGAGAAGCAAGCAUUGAGACGCAGGGAGGAGUUUUUGAACUUCGGCAAGGCAUAUGCAGACGAGCACGCCACAAGGCCAAGCACUAUAGGCCAUGUCCUAUCUAGUAGUCCUUUGGCAUUGCUCGCAUGGUGUGGCGAGAAAUUCCUCCAAUGGGUCGACGAGCCACUUCCGUCUCAGACUAUCCUGGAAUUUGUAUCGUUGUACUGGCUUACGGAAACGUAUCCGCGAUCGAUCUACUCCUAUCGCGAGAACAUCGACGCAUUCUUCGACCCAGAAGCUUAUCGCCAACGCUGGUUUAUCCGCAAGCCACUCGGUUUCUCAUCGUUUCCCAUGGAGCUUACGCCAACACCGAAGCCCUGGUUGGAGGCUACCGGUAAUGUGGUGUAUUUCAAGGAUCAUAGAAAGGGUGGGCACUUUGCCGCACUAGAGAAGCCCAACGUUCUGAAAGAGGACUUGACUGAAUUCAUUGCACAGGUAUGGGCGAAAUGAUUCAGAUCGCCCAGGCGUGAGAUCAGGCUAGGAUUUUAUACUGGACGUAGCAGGUAGAAUUAACGCAGAUGGCUUGAUGAUUUCUAUUUGGGCGUUCAAUCGAGUAGACCAUGCAAUAUGCAGCUCUUGAUGUUCAUUUUAGGAAGACAAGCAAACCAAGACACAAAGAAAUGAAGAGUGCAACUUUCUGCUCCACGAGGGAAUACUUCAGUUGGCAGUUUGUCG